AAUUUAUCACUUGGCCACAGGAACUAAACUCGCAACGUUGACCAGAAUCCAAUACCGGCCUUCUCAAUUUUCCCACCAGUCUAUAACAAGUCUUAGCACAUCUUCACCCUGCCAUGGCUCCCCUCAAAGUCCUCAUCGUCGGCGGCGGUAUCAGCGGCCCAGCGCUGGGCUACUGGCUGUCCAAGCUUGACUGCGACAUCACCAUCGUGGAGCGCAGCCCAGAUCUGCGCGCUUCAGGCCAACAGAUCGACAUCCGAGGCCAGGGGCUGACCGCCAUGCGCAGGAUGGGCCUGGAGCCAGCGGUCAGGGAAAAGGUUGUGCAUGAGCAUGGCCUGAAGUUCAUCGACGAAAGGGGCAACGUCAAGGCCCUCUUCGAGGCCAAUCUGUCGGGCAAGGGCCGGCAGAGCUUCACGGCCGAGUUUGAGAUUAUGCGCGGCGACCUGGUGCGAAUCCUCUAUGCCGCCACCAAGGAGAAAUGCACUUAUAUCUUCGGCACAACGAUCGAAGACUUUGAGCAGCAUGGAGAUGGCGUGCAUGUGAAGUUGUCGAACGGGACCGAGGGCGACUUUGACCUCCUCGUCGGUGCGGACGGGCAGAACUCGAAAACGAGGAGAAAACUGCGUGGCCCCGACCAGGACGACGCCUUCCACGAUUUGAAGUUGUUCAUCAGCUACUUCACUGUGCCCAAGACAGAGAAGGACGAAAACUACGCGAGGGUGCUGUUGCUACCCCGCCGCCGCCUCAUUGCGACCAGAGUCGAUAAUCCCAAGACCAUGCAGGUCUAUCUCGGCAUCCUCGACCCCAACGAUGAGCUAACGGAGCUGGAGGAGGCGAUGAAGUCUGGCGACGCCAAGAAGCAGAAGCAGAUCUAUGCAGACCAGUUCCGAGGGGCCGGAUGGGAGGUCCCCAGGCUGAUGGAGGGAAUGCUGCAUUCCACAGAGGCAGACGACUUCUACAGCCAAAAGGUCGGCCAAGUCAAGAUGUCCAACUGGGCUAAGGGCCGGGUGGUUCUCUUGGGUGACGCUGGCUAUUGUGCCUCCCCCGUCAGCGGCAUCGGUACAUCUCUUGGGCUUGUGGGUCCCUACGUGCUCGCUGGCGAGAUCUCGAGACAGCUCAAUCACCAGCAGCAGAGCGGCAGCGCCACCUCGCAGGACCACGGACGGGCCAUCGACGUGGCGCUCGAGUCUUACGAGGCGGUAUUCCGGCCCUUUGUCACGCAGUGCCAGAAAUUGCGCCCGGGUGUGCCCUCCAUGGCGUAUGCUGACGGCGAAUGGGGAGUCUGGCUGCGACAAGUUGUCCUUGGCUUGAUCUCAACCCUACGGCUUCAUAAACUCAUUGAGCGCUUUUCGUCGGAUGAAUUUGGUGGCGGGUGGAAGCUGCCAGAUUAUCCUGAGCUGAAGUAUGAGUACGGGUCCACAACAGGGGCCAUGAAUGGCCUGAAUCACCAAUGAAGAUGAACCUGGAUACAUCUACCAUUAAUUACUUGGCCAGGACAGAUGAUGGAUUCGCGUUGGACGAGCGGGCUUGCGUGUGUUGGUUUUGUUGUGACUUUUUUUUUGGUAGGAUAUGAAGGAAAUCGACCUACCUGGUCGCAUAUCUUUCAUAAUUGGGCAGACUAUGGACCAUAAAGAGUGCUUUACAUAUAUAGCCCAUGUACUAGGGAUUUAGGAAGUUGUUUACCAAUAUACGAACUGUACUUCC